AUGAACAACGAGAUUUGCCCCAGCGGUUUGCCAUCAGGAAAUUUCGAAGCAAAUGUUGAGGAGCCGUCGCUUCCAGCACCGAACCGAAUUCCCAUUUGGCGACGGAAAGCCUUUCCUCCAACUCCUGCUCGGAGCGAUGAUCCAUACGAAUUCUCCUCGUCAAACCUCACACCUGCAAUUAAACGAGUCAAAUCAAGAUCGAAGAUGCCUUCUAACAAUUCCAAUGUGAUGCGUAAAGCUGCUGUGUUUGCUUCGCACGUCCAGUUCCAUUCUUCGACGUCACUGGUGGGCAGUUCGGGG